AUGACCUUUUUUAGACGAUUUUUCACGAUAGCUUCUUUGUCAACUGCCAGCAUAGGAUAUUUUAGUGCAAAUCGCUUGUUUUGUGGAAUUGCCGUAGAGCAAAGUGAACAAAAGAAGCGUAAAGUAUCGAAAUAUGAUCAACAGUUUAGGAGAUUUGCUUCCUGUGAAUAUUUGGGCGUAUUAUAUAUGACGCCGAAUGAUUUUCUACAGUCGCUUUUUCAAGACAAGGCUCCGGUUAAAAUCUUUCACUCUCUCACUGUCGCUGAUGUUCAGAAGGCCCUUGCAAAACCUCAAUUGACAAUAUCUUCUCAGUUCUUUCGAAGGCUAGGGAAUAAAGGACUUAUAUCAUUCACCGACUAUUUAUUCUUACUCGCCUUAAUCAAUGAACCUAGCUCUAGAUUUGAGGUUAUUUUCGACCUUCUUGAUGCCGAUUAUAGUGGUUCAAUCGAUUCGAAUGAAUUUUCAAUGCUUUAUAAUGUAACUGCUGGUGUCCCAGAUGAACAAGAAUUGACAUCUAGUGAACUCUCUUUGUAUCCUAGGGAAAAUCUGUUUGAACAGUCAACUCUUAUGCAGACACUAUUUGGAAAAGAUGGUAAAAGACUAUUGAAAAAAGAGGAUUUCUACAAAUUCAUUGAAAUUUUUCAAAACGAAAUACUUGAAGUCGAGUUCAUUCUGCAUUCUCCGAAUGGAAAAACAAUUUCCCCCUUUGAAUUUGCCAGAAUUCUACUUCAGAACACAAAUCUUUCGGAACAGCGCUAUGAUGAAUUCCUGUCACGACUGCACAAACUUUCAGUUAAUAUAGAGAUAACAAUAGAAGAUUUCAAAAAGUUUUACAAAUUCAUAAAUCACUUGGAUGAUUUUCAGAUGGCAAUGAAAAUGUAUAUGCUUGCAAAUAAACCAAUUUCUCUGCAUGAGUUUAAGAGAGCCAUUCAUGUUUGUACGAAUUUGGAUAUUGGAGAGCACGUUCUACAGACGCUUUUCUGUAUGUUUGACGCCGAUGGCGAUGGUCACAUGAGUUCGAAGGAAUUUAUGGUUUUAUUCCGCAAUCGACGACCUCGUGGUAUUCAUAAAGUAAGCUCAGUUUAUGUGCUAUUUAUUUAUUGA